AGUAGGAAAGAAUAAUCAAAGAGCAAGAUUAGGCUGUCAAUUGGCCAAAAAAAUUUCGGGCUGUCAGAAAAAAAUAAAAAUAAAAAUAAAAAGAUAGAGAGAAAUUGUCUAUUAAGGAAGUCGAUAAUAGUACUGAUUGGCACUCAUCCUGUAAAGGCAGAGUAGAUCUAAACCAGGAGGAUUUGACAGACCAUGGGGAAGACUGGAAAAUGGCUUAAGAGCUUCUUAACAGGCAAAAAAGACAAGGAAAAAGAAAAAGAAAAAUGUUCAAGCAAUCAGAGUUCAUCUGUUGCCCCUGAGAAUCCAUCAACUCCGAUUUCUGUCCUGCCUGGAACUCCUAAAGAGAAGAGGAGGUGGAGUUUCCGGAGAUCUUCAGCAACAGCACCUCCCAAGGACUACUCUCAUUGUUUGGAACAGGCUGCGGUUCCUCCACCACCAGCAUUGGACAAGGAAGAUGAGCAGAAAAGGCAUGCCAUGGCAAUGGCUGCAGCAGCUGCGGAUGCUGCGGUGGCAGCUGCACAGGCUGCAGCUGCUGUGAUCCGGUUGACUGCGGCUGCCAGUGGCAGAACCAGCAUGAUCGAAGACGCUGCCGCAAUAAAAAUCCAGUCUGCCUACAGGGCAUAUUUGGCAAGACGAGCACUGAACGCAUUGAAAGGAAUUGUCAAGCUGCAGGCACUGAUUAGAGGUCACCUGGUCCGGAAACAAGCCACGGAGACCCUCAGGUGCAUGCAGGCAUUGUUGGCGGUACAGGCCAGAGCUCGAGCUCAGAGGAUCCGGAUGGCUGAAGAAUCAAAGCCUACUUAUCAGAGGCAAUCAACCCACAGAAAGUCCACCCAGGAUCACCACCACCGUCACAAUUACCAUGACAUUGAUAGAGGAAUGGAGGAAAACAUCAAGAUUGUAGAGAUGGAUUUUGUUGAAUACAAGGAAAAUUCAAAGAGCAGAAAUGGAUAUCCAAUUCCAACCCAUCCCCAAACAGAGAUAUCAGGGCACAGACACUCCACCCAUUAUUCAAAUCGGCAAUUCUCCAAGCAAGACAACCAUUCCCAAAUAUCUCCGGCGCCGUCCGUCCUGAACGACAUGAGCCCGAGAGCCUACAGCGGCCAUUUCGAGGAUUGCUCCUUCGGUACGGCGCAGAGCAGCCCGCAAUACUACUCUUCUACCUCCAAACCCGACCCGUCAAGUCUCCCCUUCGCACUCCCCCGACCCGAAUACGCCGAAUCCUUGUCCUACGACUACUCGUUGUACCCGAACUACAUGGCGAAUACGGAGUCUUCCCGGGCCAAAGCCCGGUCACUGAGUGCUCCGAAAUCGAGGCCGGAUUCUUACGAGAGACAGCCAAGCGGCCGACGAAGGGCGUCCGUGGAAGGGAGAAAUGUGCCGAGGGCGGUACGGAUGCAGCGGUCGUCGUCGCACGUCGGAGCCACCGCGCAUAACUACCAAUUUCCGUGGUCGAUAAAGCUGGAUAGAUCAACGGUUUCUCUUCAGGACAGUGAGUGUGGAUCGACCAGUACAGUGCUCACCAACACUAAUUACUGCAGAUCACUUGUUGCCUUUAAUGCUCAUGGAGAUAGGCACUGACAGCAGAAACUAGAGAAAUGCAUGUGGUUUGAUGAAUAAACAAUGCAAGGUUGAAGUUGAAGGGAAGCCUCAAGCACUGGAAAGUAAGGGCACAAUUACAAUAUAAAAGGUGCUACAGUUCCUAGGAAUUUUUUUACUUCCUCAUUCCAAGAGUUGAGUUCUGUUCAACAAUCUGCGCGGAGUCUUCUUUUCUUUUCUUUUCCUUUUUUUUUUUUUCCUGUUUAAGGAAAUCUAAUUCUGUCUACGGAAAUUUAAGGAAUGAGUUCUCUCUAAAUUGUUUCUACA